AUGCUUCGACAAGUCCUAGCGCAAUGCGAGGCCGCCUUCCUUGCCGGGACCGAAGAUGCAACAACACCCGGUUCCGUCCCCUCCUCCUCGUCAGCCUCGGAAACCGCCGCCGCCGCCCCCGGUCCGAAACAGCUAUCGGCCAAAUCGGCGCCGUUGGAAGGUCUUCGAAGGUUUUCUCGCGAUGGAACGGACGGGGUUUUCAUGGGGGCCGCUGGCGUUCCCGUGCGGUACAGACUGUUUCCCAAGUACUCCAAGGGAGAGGGAGACGGGUGUGGGAAGCUUCAGCCGGGUGUGAUCCUUCUGACGGGUUUGAUGGAGUCCAUGACCAAGUACGGGGAGACGAUUGCUCACCUCAAUGACAGGGGGUUCUCGGUGUACACGUACGACCACCACGGCCAGGGACUCUCGGGGAGGCUUCCAGUUCCGGACGGCGCCGACCCGACGGUCGCUCACAUCACCGAUUUCGACCACUACGUACAGGACCUGGAAAGAUUUUCGAAGGUAAUUCUCCCCGCCACUGUGCGGCCGCGCGACGCGAGCGGUGGGACCAGAACGGGCGGCCAGGGUACGGCGGGCAGCGGAGACUCUCCCGUUGUGAACGGCGAGCCCCUCGGCUGUGACGCGCCGUUCCCCGCGCUGUCUCUGUCCGUGGUGGCGCACUCGAUGGGUGGGCUGAUAGCGGUCAACGCCGCGCUGCGAGAGCCUGAGCUCUUCGACGGGCUUGUUCUGGCUGCUCCCAUGCUGGCGCCUAACACCGGAAAACUACCGAAUGGCGUCGUAGGAGCGCUUACCUGGGUCGUGACAAAGCUCGGGCGACAGGGGCACAGAAGCCCCAUCCGGCGACCCGCACGGGCAACUAUGGAAUGGUCCAGGGUGACGCACGACAAAGAGCGCCUCCGUCUCUGGGAAACCCUUCGGGGCACAGUGGGUUGCGUGCUCCAGCGAGGGCCGAGCUUUGCCUGGCUGUCGAAAUCCGUGCUGGCUUCGAAGCGCGCUCGGGGCCGACUCCAUCAGCUAUCGGUUCCCGUUCUGGUGCUGGAGGCUGGGCUGGACCACCUAGUCCGUUCAGACGGCAUCGCACGGUUCAGGAGGAAAGUUCCGGGUGCCGGGUAUCGCCUGUUUCAUGGGGCCUACCACGAUCUGUUCGACGAAACAGAUGACAUCAGGCAAGCGAGAAAAUACGUUGUAAAUACGUUUACCCAAGCGACCGUUUUUUCACUCCACGUGACCCCUGGAGCAAAGAUUGUGUGA